GCUACACGAAAAACAGUCACACAUGGAAACAUUGGAUCCGACUAGUUGUUUGGAAAAGGGUGCCUUGACAACUGCCAACACAGAAAACUAACAAUAAUGGCUACCGAGCUUGUCGUUCAAAGUGAGCGUGCUUAUCAAAAGCAACCCCAUAUCUUCCAAAACGCCAAGAAGGGUGCCGGUCGCCGUUGGUACAAGGAUGUCGGUUUGGGUUUCAAGACCCCUUCUGAGGCUAUCUAUGGUCAAUACAUUGACAAGAAGUGCCCCUUCGUUGGUGAAGUUUCCAUCCGUGGCCGUAUCUUGACUGGUACUGUUGUUUCUACCAAGAUGCACCGUACCAUCAUCAUUCGUCGUGAAUACUUGCACUUCAUCCCCAAGUACAACCGUUAUGAGAAGCGUCACAAGAACGUUGCUGCCCACGUCUCUCCUGCUUUCCGUAUCAACGAGGGUGAUGUCGUUACUGUUGGUCAAUGCCGUCCCUUGAGUAAGACCGUUCGCUUCAACGUUCUCCGUGUUGUCAAGCACACUGAGGGCUCUAAGCAAUUCGGCAAGUUCUAAGUAGACCUAGUCAUAUGCUAGUUGUGUUACAAUAAAAAAAGUGCUUCUUCUUGCCUAUGAAUACCCAUAAAAAACCUAACGUAUUAUUUUGCCUCUUUAGUUUCAUGCCCUGUAUACUCUUCUUCUACGUA